AUUGAGUUUUCUGUCAAAAAUUUGUUUUCUUUUGGGCGCGGAUCGGAAAUUUAUCCUCGAGGCCACUUUGCGGAGCGAGAAAACCCAAUUCCGGCCUUUUCUACGAUACCGCGCUCGUUUGCCAUGAUUCAACUGCUGGACAAAGUGCUGAGUUUCAUCAACUAUUGGUGGUUCCGAUACCUGAUGAUAACUGAACUGUACAUGGUGGAAAGUUGGGAACGAGUCACGAUUCAUGUGUUCCUGUUCGUCAUCUUUCUGCUGCAGUGGUACUUCAACUGCAAGGUGGUCCUUCCUUUCACCGGAAGCUUGUUCGGCAUACAACCUGUGGAGCAACAGCUGGCCGGAGUCGUCCGGAGCCACCCGAACUGAAUCCAUGAAAUGAUGUCGAUGGGAGCAACUGGAGAAGUAUUUACCCAAGGAUUUUGCCUUGUGCAGGGCGGCGGAACCCCGAUGGCCGCCAACAAGAUAAAUCUCAUCCAAUUUACCAUUAGCCUACCAAACACACUAACCCGAGAACGAAGAAUCUGGAACAUUUUGUAUUGACUUUGAUUCGUUGUAAGUGGAAAUCUUAUUUGUGUUUUUGCACCUAGUGUUUUAACGAAGGAGUCUCUGUCGGAAGAAGGCAAGCAAAUAGAGAGAAAUGUGACCCAGAAACCGA